AAAAGAAUAAAGGAAGAGAAAAAACUUUAAAACGUCUCGGUGGUUUGCGCCGCUGCAUAUCUCGCUCUCCAUCACCCAUCGACAAAGGCAAUCGAGCUCCUCUUUGAGUGUUGUCUAUUGGAGUAUGAUACGGUGACGCAGAGCUCCACUUUUAUAAACAGAAAAGAAAAGAAAAACCUUAAAAACCACGUGGGUCUCCGUUCUCCGUCACUCCAUCGACAAGGGCUCUGCGUCUCCGUUCUCCGUCACCCCAUCGACAAGGGCAAUCGAGCUCAGAGUCAGUUUCCGAAAGUAGAGAGAGAAGAAUGGAGAAUUCGAGAAGGUUACAAGAAGAGUCAAAAAGAGUUUUGAGUGAAGGAAUUGGUUUGGUUCUGUUUCGUUGGUCAGCUCUUCAAACGGCUGUUGAGAACGAAUGGGGUGGGCAUCAGUCACGUCUCAAAGCUGAUCAAUUUGCCUCUCACAUACUUUCAUGGUUCGUUCAAUCCAAAGAGCCACUUUAUAUUGAUGACUUAGAAGAGAUACUCGAUCAAGGUAUGCUUUCUCUCAAUGUGGAGGUUGAGGAUGGCAGUAUUGAAGAGGUAGCUGAAAAACUAAUGGUUAUGCAUGAAGAAUGCUUAGAAGGUAAUUUUAAGUCUGUUGAGAUUCUCAGGGAAGCCAAUCUUAAGCAAGCUGCUGAUCCUCGUGUAAUGCAGAUUGUGAAUGAUGAUGAAGAUGAUACAGAUGAAGAUGAUGAUAAUGAUGAAAACAUUAUUAGCGACAACAGUGCUUCACACAUGAAUCUGGACAUUCCAACAUCUGAAUUGAACACAAGUUCAGUGAACAUGCAAGUUAAUGAGCUUCUGCCAGAGGUUGCAGGUGAAGCAGAUGAUGGAUGGGUUGUAGUCUCAAACAGAAGAAAUAAGGGACGAAAAAAUUAGAUGGAAAAUCUGUAAUUACUUUUCUUAGACAACCUCGGAGAAUCAUUUUUACAUAGCCUACUACAUACUUUAUGUUAUGGUUUAAGUGUAAUUACUUUAAUGUUUAAUUGCAUUUUCAAUCAUUCUAAUUUAGAUGAUGUGCAAUUUUGACUAUUUGAGUUAAGGGCUGAUUGGUUU